AUGGAUCCAAAUUAUCGCAUUCAAGAACGAGAACAAGAUCGUUUACGUCGUUCUGCAAAACGUCAGGAGUUACAGUAUCGUAGAUCAAAUUUCAACAUUUGGAUUUCUGAAAAAGAAGAAGAAGUUACUACUACUAUAAGUGAGAAACAAGAAUAUGAACAGGAAAAAACUGACAAUGAAAAGAAAACAGAUGAAGCAGGGUACGUACGUUAUAUGAAUGAAAGACGGGACACCAUGCGAAAGAAGAUUCCUAUUAAAACGGCUAUGGAAAAUAAUAGAAUAAUCAUUGAAGAAUGGAGACAGUUACCAGAAGAACGUAAAGCAUCUUAUACUAAAGCAGCAGAUAUGAAUGAUAAGGAGGGGAAUGAUAAGGAUAAGAAUGACAAGAAGAAGAAUGAUAAGGAGAAAAAUGAUAAGAGGAAAAAGACAGUGGAAGAAACAAAGUAUACACCGUUUGAAGUGCUGUUCGGAGUAGAAAUGCGGAAUCAGAUAUCAGAUACAGAAGUGCUGCAGAUAUGUCAAGACAAGAAAAUACGAAAAGCAAUCCGUCAUAUGGAUCCAAAUUAUCGCAUUCAAGAACGAGAACAAGAUCGUUUACGUCGUUCUGCAAAACGUCAGGAGUUACAGUAUCGUGUACACGAACAACAGAUCAACACAUUACGGCGAAAGCAAUGA